AUGGAAAUUAAAACAAUCGAUGAAGAUGAUGCUAACUUGUACAAUAUUUGUGAUGCUGAAAUUAAACUUUAUUUACAACUUCUUUUACCGUAUAACUCAUUAACUGCUCAGGCAUGCGCUGUUGAAUAUUUUCGACGCUUACUAAUUCGUAAUCAUGUUCCACCGUUACAUAUCGCAGAUUCACUUGGUGGCUUAGAAGCAUUGGUUGAAUGUGCUGCAUUAACAGAUGGUGAAACUCGCGAUCAGGUUUUUUGGACACUUGGUAAUAUUGCAUUGGAUUGUCCAAUAUGUCAUGAAAAGGUACAGAACAGUACUGCAUUACCGCUUAUGAUUGGUGUUCUUGUUAAUCCAAUGUUCAUCUGUUCAAAAUGGACACGAAAUCUUGUCUGGGCUCUAUCACAAAUAUUUCGUGGUGGUAUUCAUACCCUUCAUCAUAUGUUUAUACAAGCAACAUUAACUGGUUUACGUCCAGUACUUUAUAUGGAUGAUUCUAAAACACGAGUGGAUGCAGUCUGGACAAUAGCAUAUAUUGCUGAUGAUAAUGUUGAUGGUAGACAAAUUGAUGCAGUAUUGCAAACACCGCAUUUAUUGGAAAGAUUAAUCGAAUUGCUUGAUGAAAGUGAUACAAUGCGUGCAGCACUAAGAGCACUCGGGAAUCUUGUAGCAGGAGGUGAUGAUCAAACUCAAGCUGUUCUUAAUGCUGGCUUAUUACCACGCAUGAUGAAAUUAUUCCGGUUUAAUAUGCCAGUUUAUCAAAAACGUGAAAUAGCAUGGAUUUUAAGUAAUAUUGCGGCUGGUUCACGUCGACAAAUUGAUUUACUUUUUGAAACAAAUAAUAUUGUUGAAACACUUAUUGAUACAUUCUAUUGUGAUGAUUAUCGUAUUCGUAAGGAAGUAGGUUGGACAGUAACAAAUGCGCUAACAGGUGCUAGUAUAAGUCGAUCACGUUGGUUAUGUGGUAGUAAUGUAAUUAGUUUAAUACCACAAUUACUUCAUUUACAUACUGAACGUGAUUUAAUUGAUCGUACACUUUAUGCUAUUGAAUUAUUGAUUACAAAACGAAUUAAUUUUAUUUUUGUACUUGAAAAUUAUCAUAUUUUUCAAACGAUACGUCAAAUUGUUUACAAUCAAAACAAUCAAUUUGAUGCGCUCAUUAAGGCACGAGCAAGACGAAUAUUAAAUAAAGAAAAUGAUUAUAAAGCACAUCAAAUUCCACCUGGCACCUAUAUACUUGUCCGUUGA